AUGGAUAACCUGUUUGGUGAAAUAGAUUGUAGAUCAAAGUCAGAUGGAAUAGUGAUGGGAAUUCUAAGAUGUGCAAUGGACAAAGCACAUGAAAAGGUGCAGUCUGAAGCUGGAUCAAUCGAGUUUCUUCAUGAGAGAUCAAAGUUUUAUGAAUUGGCAGUAAUCCUUGUGGAAUCAGGCCUAAGCAUUGUUCAGCAAGAGACGAAUAUUCUUGAAAGCAACCGCGAAAAAGUCAUAUCAGACUUAACAGAAAUGAGGCAUUGGCUCUUGGGAAGGAUUAACAUAAUGAAGCUCUUAAUCAAUGAGAAAGAUAGAGAAUUAACAGAGAGGACAGAAAAUGAAUUAAAACUCAGACAAGUUUUGGAAUCUAAAGAAAAAGAAGUCAUUUUUCUUCGUGAUAAGUUGGAGAAUCGGAGAACGAUGAGUGAGGGCUCCCUAGAUUUGGGGUUACUACUCAAGAACAAUGAAGCUAAAGAAAGUGACUCAAAAUCUGAUUCAGAACUUCUCAAUGAGGAAAGAUUCCAAGAAGAUGAUUUCUAUGGAAGUUACAACCAUAUUCCUAAAAUAAAGCCAAUGAUCGAUUCAUUGAGGCCGGAACAGAACAAAGAAAAGGAUAAUGGUGAGAUGGUUCGUGUAGAGAAGCAAUGGAGGUGUACAAUUGAGAAAGAUAUAUUAUUUGUCUUGAUAAGAGGUUUUAUUAAUGAUAUUAAACAAAGGUUUGAAAUAGAGUUGAGGAACUUUUUAGGUGAUCAAAUUCCAGUGGGAUUUUCAAAUGAGAACUUGUCAGAAUUCAUCAGUGAGAUGACAACGUUAUGCCAGGAACUAGAGGCCUUUUAUAGUAGAUAUAAUGAGGACAACAAAACUACUAGUAGCAAUCAAGACUUAUUAGGCCAUUUGAAAAACAUAAAACGAACGUGUAGUGAGCCUUUGCCAAAAUUUGAUCAGGAGGACCAAGAAGUUGGUGGAAGUAACUAUGUUGCUAAGCUGAUUAAGAAUCAUCAAUCUGUUAUAAGGAAGCAAUUAGAAGAUCGAAAUGUUAUGAAAAAGGAAGUAAUUGAAGGGGAGAAAUCCACAUUACACAAGAAAGACAAGGAACUUGAUUUCUUGAACAGAAUGAUAAAACAUGUCAUCACAAGAUUGGAUGAUAUAAGCUCAAUGAAUGUUAAGUCAGUCGAUAAAGAAUAUGUGAAAUGGGAAGAGAAAUUUACUAAGGAAAAUUUAUCCAGGUCUGUCAUGGGAGAUAAAUUGGUAACUAGUGAUUGUGCUUGCGAAAUCAUAAAAGAUGAGGUGGGAUCACUAAAAGAAGAAGUGGAUAAUUUAAAUUUGCAGAUAUUAAUCUUGGAAGAGAUUCAUUUGACCCUUUAUGAAGGUUUGUUCAAGGACCAAAGUGUGGCUUGUUUUAAGUCAAUUCAAAACACUAAAAGCACUAGUACUUUAUUGCUACGCCAAUUUGUUGUAGAAGAUGGGAAUUCAGAAACAUUUGUUAAAGAUAUUCUAGAUGGCAGCAUCAUACCAGAGACUAUAGGGAGCCUAUUGAAAGAGGAUGUCUACGAGGUUUUCUUCGUGGAAAUGUUUAAGGCAUGGAAGGAGGAAAGCGAUGAUUUUGAUAUGGAGGUUCACAUAAGGGAAGAAUUAUACAAUUGUAUCAUGGCUGAAGCUGUGAAAGAUGAAAUUUCAGAAUAUUUGAAUUCAGCUAAAAAUAAGAAGGUGGAAUUUGAUGGAACUGAGGAAAGUCCGAUUCAAAAACUUGAUUCUUUGUUAAAAUCUCUCGAGUCAGAGGAAGAUCUGAUGGUCAAAACAAGUUUUGAGAUAGAAGAACACAAUGUGUGCCAUGAACAAGAAAUCUUGGAAUGUGAAGGGGUUGAGGAGCAUGAGACUAUUGAAUGGUUGUUGAAUGAUGAUGAGAGCACUUUCAGUUCUAUGAACGAAAAACUAGAGAUCGCAAUGAAACAACUAUCUACAAGCAAAGAAUUGUUGUUUGAUUUGGAGCAAAGUCUUGGCUUUUCAGCUGAUGCGUUAUCAAAAAGUAGUGAUGAUUGUCUUCUAUACACAAAUACUAGUCUUGUGGUUGAAAUGGAAAAAUCAUCACAAGAGUCCAUUGCGCAAGUAGAAGACAGCAAAGUGGCACUUCUCAAUCUAUCAGAUUUUCAUCAAGUGAUUCAAGAAUUUGAGGUCAAUGUAGUUAAAAAUCUAGUCAUGAAAUCAUCGAGGAUAGAGGAACUGAAACAUCAAUUUCACAACUUAAUUGUUGAACCGGUUUCCUUAAUAAAGAAAAGGAAACUACUUUACAAGAAGGCUUUCUUAGCAAGAUGUCAGAAUCUAAAAUUGGCUGAAACUGAGGUGUUUGACAUCUUAAAGCUCAUCAAAGACGAGUUAGCUCAUGGAGUUGCUUGUGCUUCUUCUUCUUAG